AUGAGAUUUUUUUCAUCAAAAUCAAAAGACAAUAACAAUAAUAACAUUUGUUAUAAUAUCGAGGGAUUUUUGACUUGUAGUUAUUUUAAAGCAGCAGUAGAUUUAGUUUAUGAGGGAUGUAAAUCAAAUGAUUAUAAAUUUAUUGGUGGAUAUUCUGAUUUUUCUAAAUUGGUUGAGAGCAGACAUAAAUUAGAUAAUGUUUCAACAUCUUCGUCAUUAAAUAUUAAAGAUGAUGUUAAUGGAUGCGAAGAUGGAAAACUGCUUGAUUUAGCAUCAUCCAACACGGAUCUUAACCCAGCUAGUCGUAAUUAUCGACACUUAAUAAAAUCACAAUUGAGUUUAUCAAAAAUAAUUAAUGUUUAUUUUGAUUCAAUUCCAUAUGAAAUCACCAAAGAAGGUGAGAUCAAGUCUGAUUAG